AUGAAGGUCGUUGGUGUCUGGAUGAGUGAUUCUAAAGUAGACAGCAUCGGGCUUAAUACUCUUUUACGCGAGAAGAGAAGUGAUCUUCUAUUUAGAAAGAUCAAUCCGUGUAUUAGUGUAUCGGAACAAGGACCGUUUGACGUAAUCCUUCACAAAAUACCGGAAUUUUUGAGCGGGGAUUCCAGUAAACAAAGUCGAAAAAUUAUAGAAAAUUUUUUCAACUAUGCAAAAAGUAAUCCUCAUGUUCUGUUCAUAGACUCACCAAUAUCACUCAAGUGUUUGUUAACACGUCUUAAUCAGUUUUCUUUGCUCCGAGACAUUGUAGCGAUGUCGGAUAUAAGAAAUGAAAUAUUUGUGCCCAAAUUUUGCCUCUUACCACAAAAAGACCCUACGAAAUUAUGUGACGCUGGUAUUUCUUACCCUAUAGUUUGCAAGUCACUAAUGGCCCAUGGAAAUGACAAUGUACAUAAGAUAGCUAUUGUUUUCAAUGACUCAGGUCUAGAUCAUUUAACAUAUCCCAUAUUUGUUCAGCAAUUUAUUAAACAUAAUGGAAAAGUUCUUAAAUUAUUUGUAGUCGGUGAUCAUAGUUGUGUUACUGAAGUUCCUUCCAUUAAAAAUCACGACAAAUCUGCAGAUAGAACUCCAAUAUUUUUUCAUUCACAUAGUGUAUCGAAGGAUGGUUGUCAAUCACCUUUAUCUGAAUUGAGCUCAUUUUCCGAUAAACAAACGACAACCCCAUAUGAUGAGUCCCUAUUCGAUAUGUUGGCACAUGAAGUUCGAAAAACGCUCAAAAUUGAUUUGUUUGGGAUAGAUCUCAUUUGUGCAACCGAAAAUUCCAUAUCUGAUGCUCUCUCGAAAUCAAACAAAUACGCUAUUAUCGAUUUAAAUAUUUUUCCAAGCUACAAGAAUGUGCAUGGGUUCUUAUUUUAUUUAGAGAAUCUAAUCAGGGAAAAACUCUCCUUGCCUUUACUUUCGAAUGAUAGUACCGAUGUCCAGAAAUAA